AUGACUGAAGAAGCUAAACCAGCUGAAGAGAAAAUAUCGGAGACUCCAAAAGUCGAAACGACUGUGUCUCCUAAAAAGGUUAGAGACCCAAGUUUGGAUCGGAGAACAUUGUUUGUGCGAUCAAUCCCAAAUGAUGCUACAAAUGACACUUUAUCCGAAUUUUUUUCCCAAUUUGUUCCAGUGAAGCAUGCAGUGGUUGUCAAAGAUAAAGAGGGAAGCAGUCGUGGCUUUGGUUUUGUUUCUUUUCAAUCUGAUGAUGAUGCCGUGACCGCCCUAGAGAAAUCCAAGAAAACCAAGUUUGGCAACAGACUACUUUCUGUUGAUAUUGCAAAAAGAAGAGCAAGAAAAGGCAAAGACAAUGAUGUUCAAGAGCAUGAAAAUAUGAAAUCGACGGAAGCCAGGGAGGAGGAAAAUGUGAGAGUGAAGACUGCCAAAAUUAUUGUGAGGAACCUACCUUGGUCUGUUCGUGAUGCCAAUGAACUUUCAAAAUUGUUCAAAAAAUACGGAACGAUUAAAGAUUCGUGCAUCCCCAGAAAGAAUGGUGGUAAGAUGUCUGGGUUUGGGUUUGUGACAAUGUCGAAGCAUGCUGCUGCCUUGAAAGCCGUUGAAGGUAGUAAGGGAUUAAAGAUAGGGGGAAGAAGAGUAACCGUUGCUCUUGCUAUUGACAAAAAUCAUUGGGAGAAGAUGAAGGCAGAAAAAAAGCAUCUGGCCGCUGAGAAGAAGCAGAAAAGAAAAGCCCAUAAAAAGGAAACAGCUGAAGAUGGGAAGCCAAGUGAAGAGAAAUCAGAUGAAGAGAAACCAGAAGAGGAGAAAUCAGAUGAUAAAGACGAUAUGAGUAAAGAAGGAGAGGCUGAAGAUGAUGAGAAGAUAAACUUUGAGCCAGAAGAUAAUGAGGAAAAGCAGGCAAGUAAAAAACCUAGAGUGAAGAAAAACAGACAAGAGAAGUAUUGCAUAUUCAUCAGAAACUUACCAUACGAUGCCACACAAGAGGCUCUAGAGGAGCAUUUCAAGAAGUUGGGAGAUAUCAAGUACGCUCUUCCGGUCAUGGAUAAGGAAACAGGUCUUGCAAAGGGUACAGCAUUUGUUGCAUUUGAGAAUAAGCAGCCAUAUGAAGAAUGCUUGUUGAAUGCUCCCGAAAUUCCAAAGGAUUCGGUUUUACUUCCCGAUGAUGUGUCACCAUUUUAUGUUUUUGAAGGCAGAGUGAUGCAAAUUGCUCCAGCAGUUGACAGAGAAUCAGCAUUAAAGCUUACGGAAAGACAUGCCAAAGCUAGAGCUGAAUUGUUUGGAAGAGAGCCCCAUGAGCGUGAUAAAAGGCGUUUGUUCCUUCUUAAUGAAGGUAGAAUAGCGCCAGAAUCAAAGUUGGCAGAUCUUUUAUCAACGACAGAUAUGGAAAUUAGAGAACAGUCUUAUAAGGCACGUAUUCAGCAGCUUAAUAGCAAUCCAAGUUUGCAUCUUUCAAUGACAAGACUUGCCAUUCGUAAUAUUCCCCGUGCAGUGAACGAUAAGGCAUUGAAGGCAUUAGGAAGAAAAGCUAUCGUUGAGUUUGCCAAGGAGGUGAAAGAUGGUAAAAGGCAUCCUCUUAAUAAGGAGGAAUUGGAUCGGUCUAAGAAGCAUGCUGAAUGGAUUGACGAAAAGAUGGGAAUUACACCCGAGGAUCGGAAGUCUGGUAAGGUGAAGAGUAAGCAUGGUGUGGUUGUUCAAUCAAAGAUCAUUAAUGAGAUCAAAGGAAGUGGGGAAUACGGAAGAUCUAGGGGUUAUGGUUUCUUGGAAUUUAGAGACCAUAGAUCAGCAUUGAUGGCAUUGAGAUGGCUGAAUGCUCAUCAAGUUACCGCUGAUGAGAUCCUUUCUAGUUUAACCGAUGAAGAAAAGAAGAUAGCUGAAGGUGAGAAACUUAUCAAAAGGAAGAGACUUGUGGUUGAAUUUGCUAUAGAAAAUGCUAACGUUAUAAAGAGAAGAUUAGAGCAAAUAUCGAACAGCAAGAGGGCAGCAAAGAGAGAAAGAGAUGAAGCCAAUGGUGUAGAAUCUGAUCCAAAAAGGCAACAUAGAGAAGGUAGGAGAGGUGGCAAAUCACAGAAUGGAAAUCAUCAUGGAUUCAGUUAUGGUAGGGAGCGUGAGGUUCGUGAAGGAAAGUCGAGGAAAUUAGAGGAAAAGAAGAAUCGUGAGCUUGAAAAGAAGAGUAAGAAGAGUAGUAAGAAGGCUGGAAAAGUUACAAAGCCAAAGGAUAAAAAGAAGCACGAAAAAAGUGUGAAGAGCAAUAAGAGAUUUCAGAUGAAGCUUAAGAACGCAGUUAAAAAUAUUGACUUGAAGGGUCUAGCUACUGCAAAGAAAUGA